GGUCCCUGCGGCGGAGGCUCUGCACAGCGCGCACCUCCCCGGCUGCUUAGGGCGGGCGCCCAGCGGACCAGAAGCCGGCUUCCUUGUUGACAUGCUUCUCCAACUCUGAAGCUUUACACGUCCUGAAAUACAAAAGUUUACUCAGGUGCUGCUGGUGUGGCUCAGUGGGUACAAUACUCAAAACAUGAACAACAAUACAUAUUACCAAUGUUCAAAGCUGAUUCGGGUAAAACCAGGAUACAGUUGCAUACCCUCUAUUCCAGAGGAAUUAGAAAAGCCAAAGUAAUGGAUAACAGAAAAGAGCCUCCAUUCUUCAAUGAAGAUAACGUGGAAGCAUUUUACUACAAAAUUCCUUUGUAUGAUACCAUGGAGCUCUUCAUUGAAACAUUGACUGGAACAUGUUUUGAGCUGAGAGUUUCACCCUUUGAAGCUGUUAUUUCUGUGAAAGCAAAAAUUCAAAGAUUGGAAGGUAUUCCCAUCUGUCAGCAGCACUUAAUUUGGAAUAACAUGGAACUUGAAGAUGAGUAUUGCUUGAAUGAUUACAACAUUUCCGAAGGUUGUACCUUGAAGCUGGUUUUGGCUAUGCGUGGUGGACCUAUAAAUACCAGAAAAGUUCCUAUGGAAGAUCCACUUAGGGAGAUGGCUGAGUAUAUGGAUUCCAGUCGAGAUGAAGUCUGGGAGAAAACUUCCUGCAACAAACAAGUUACGUUCUUGGUGUACCGAGAAGGAGAUCAAUUGAAUUUCUUUCGUGUAGUAGAUAGGGGAGAUGGCACUUUAACACCAUUAUCUGAAUCGUUAAGUGGUGGUUCUGUGUAUAACUUGUAUACAGAUGAGGAUGAAGAAGCUGAGCCUUCUCCUUCAGGGCAACAGAUCAUUGAAAAUUCAAUCACCAUGAACAAGAUGAAGCUGCUGAAGGCGAAGAUGGAGAACAUGAACCUCAGCAAGAAGCCUAAGAAGGUCGUCAGGGUGAAGCCCCGCCCGCCCGUGGCUCCAAGGCCGGCCAGCGGCUCCUCGGCAGCGGCGCGGCACCGGCUGCUGAGAGUCCUGCCACACAUCGGGCAGCCCUGCCCGCCCUCCCCGUCGGCCGCGCCUCGGCCCGAGGCCUCCCGGAAUGCAGGUGUGUUCUUUCUCAAAACAGGAGAAUGCCCUCAUCACCUCCCACCCGUGAAAGCCCCCCUUCAAACAAAGAAGAAGACAAAGCAUUGUUUUCUUUGUGGAAAGAAAACAGGACUGGCUACUAGCUACGAAUGCAGAUGUGGAAACAACUUCUGUGCAUCUCAUCGCUAUGCAGAAACUCACGGCUGCACCUAUGAUUACAAGAGUGCAGGGAGGAAAUACUUGCAGGAGGCAAAUCCUGUGGUUAACGCACCAAAGCUUCCAAAAAUCUAACUUUCCCCUGCACCCCACUGCUCUGCCCGAGGAAUCGCAUUAUAUUGACAGAAGACAUGUUGCUUAGACUGCAUUAUUUUUGUUCGUCUCCAAAAGAUUUGCCAAAUAAGAGCAUAUAAUGCAUACUGUUGAAGAAUGAGAGUGCUCCUGUAUUUGAUGUCUUUAUUCUUUGGUAAAUCAAAACUUUUUAGUUUUAAAAGCUUU